AUGGGUCUUUUGAAUGUUGAUACCCAAUCGCAGUCUGCAGCAGCAUGGGCUCAUGGAUAUCCAGAUUGGCAGAAGGCUGCUUCAUAUACGGCGUGGGGCGUUUUCAAUUGGUCUUGCGUUUUCACUCUUCAUUAUCAUAGAGUUGAAGUUGAAAUCCCACCCGGACUCUUGAAGCCUGGGGAUAUUGAAAUUGCUCUUGCCGCCGAAGACGGGGUCUCUGUGUCGCUGACUGAGAGCACCGAGGGGUUUCGUGCCAUGUGCAAACUCUGGACAAUCUUUGUUGCUAUAGCCAGGAUAUACUAUGGCCCAAACGUAGAGGGAUUCUUGAAUCAGACGGAAGCUCUCGAUACAUACUACCACGCCAUCAUCACAGACCUUUUUCGUCCCUUCCUGCACCGGCCGGAUCGCGCCUCCACACCACUGCGAACAUUUGCCGCAGAACGCGCAACUCCUCAAACGGUAUACCACGUCUCUAUCCGCCAAAUGAAACGUCUCCUACUUUCAUAUCGUCUCGAGUUCCAUCUCGAAGCUCUCUCGGUCAUGUGGCAGACCGGUGUGAUAUACGUCGCCAACGCCACAAUGCGCGCCGACUACCAUAAUAAAGACGAGAUGCAGUUUUUUGUGAACCUGUGCGUUGCGGGUCUUGAAGAGCUCUUCAUGUCGUACAAGGUAUUCGGGGCAAUAGCCAAAGGCGUUAUGAGUAUGGCUAUCCGGCAGGGAAGUAUAGAGCAGACGCAGGUGAGGCGUGUGAGGAGGAGGUUGAAAGAAAGUGAGAAGCUGUUCGUGGUUGAUGAUUCCAGUACAGACGAGACGAUGGCCAAGUGGAUGCUUGAUUUGGAUCUGGCGGUUACCAACUCUGCUGAAGCGCAGGGUGGGAUACUGGCGAGAGAGUUUGAUGAGAUGAUUGGGCUGCAUGACGAUGGCGAGUGA